AAAGUGAGUUCCGGUCUCUGGCUUCAUAACUGUAAUGGAGAUGGAAGCUCUGUAUACAACUCUCAUGAAAUGAGCAGAGGAGGUACUGUCAGAGAGGUUGAGCGGAGAAUCCUCACCCACCUCCAUGGCCGCCGUAGCCGGAUCCAUCUUACUCAAAUCCAUGCUCACUUCCUCCGCCAUCAUCUCCAUCAAUCCAACCACAUCCUUUCACACUUCGUCUCCGUUUGUGGCUCACUUCGUAAAAUGGACUACGCCCAUCUCGUUUUUCUCCAAGCCCAGCACCCCAAUAUCCUCCUCUACAAUUCAAUGAUCAAAGGUUACUCUCUCUCACCGCCUUUCCAAACGUCACUUCACUUGUUUUGCACCAUGAAGAAGCAUGGAAUUUGGCCCGAUGAGUUCACUUUCGCUCCUAUACUUAAGUCGUGUUCCAACCUUUGCGAUGUUAGAUUCGGGCAAACGGUACAUGCUCAGCUCGUCUCACUUGGAUUUCAUUGUUUCAGUGCUAUUAGAGUUGGAAUAGUUGAAUUCUACGCGAAUUGCGAGAAAAUGGAUAAUGCUAAGAAGGUGUUCGAUGAAAUGCGCGACAGAGACGUGAUUGUUUGGAAUUUGAUGAUUCACGGGUACUGUAAAACAGGAAAAGUAGAUACGGGUUACAGUCUCUUUAAGGAAAUGAAAGAAAGGAGUGUCGUUUCUUGGAAUACAAUGUUAUCUUGCUUGGCAAGGAGUGGCCGCGAUGCUGAAGCUUUGAAACUGUUCUAUGAGAUGCGUGAUAGCAGUUUCGAACCUGAUGAGGCGACAGUGAUUACUAUGCUGCCUGUUUGUGCACGUUUGGGGGAAGACAAUAUUGGGCAAUGGAUCCAUUCUUAUGCCAAAUCUAGUAAACUUUAUCAAAAUCAUGUUUCUGUAGGCAAUGCCCUUGUUGAUUUCUACUGCAAACGUGGGCUUUGGGAUGCCGCUUUCAUGGUGUUCGAUGAAAUGCCACUGAAAAAUGUGGUUUCUUGGAAUACCAUGAUCUCAGGCUUGGCUUUCAAUGGGAAUGGGGAAAAGGGGUUAGCUUUGUUUGAUGAGAUGAUCAAGAAUCGAUUGAACCCAAAUGAAUCCACUUUUAUUGGGGUUUUAACAUGUUGUGUUCAUUCAGGGUUGGUUCAAAGAGGCAGGGACCUAUUUGGUUCAAUGGUGUCAAACCAUCAGCUUGAGCCAAAACUUGAGCAUUAUGGGUGCAUGGUUGAUCUUCUUGGGCGUGGUGGGUCCGUGAAAGAGGCUUAUGAUUUAGUAAAAUCAAUGCCGAUGAAGCCGAAUGGUGCGUUAUGGGGUGCGUUGUUGAGUUGUUGCCGUAAUCAUGGCUAUUUGGAAGUUGCAGAAGUAGCAGUUAAGGAGCUUAUGGUUUUGGAGCCAUGGAAUUCUGGGAACUAUGUUUUGUUGUCAAAUAUAUAUGCAGAAAAUGGGAAAUGGGAUGAAGUUGAGAAGGUUAGAGUGUUGAUGAUGGAGAGUAAGAUUGAGAAGACACCAGGGCAAAGCUUUAUUAGGUAAUAUAAAAACACACCUGACACCUGUUCGGGUUAUUAUCAUAAAUAUCCACAUGCGGAAAAAAGUUGUAGUUUUUGGCCA